GCCCAGUUUGUAGUUGUUAUUGCAACCAAAAAUUCUAUAAGAGGUAAAAAGAAAAUCUUUACCAAAAAUGGCUGAAGUUAGCGGUUUAUCUAACUCGGAAGCUGAUGAAUUAUGCAAAUCGGCAGAUCCCUCUACAAAGGAUUUCCUUUUCCAACAGACCAUGUACCGCAUUAAAGAUCCCCGCAAAUCAUUGCCUUUCUAUACCGGUGUUUUGGGUAUGACUUUGUUGGUGAAAUUGGAUUUCCCAGAAGCUAAAUUUUCUUUGUAUUUUAUGGGUUAUGAAAAUCCCGCUGAUGUCCCUAAAGAUCAAAAGGAACGCACUAAAUGGGCCAUGUGCCGUAAGGCAACAAUUGAAUUAACUCAUAAUUGGGGCACUGAAAGUGAUCCUGAUCAAUCUUAUCAUAAUGGAAAUUCGGAUCCCCGUGGUUUUGGUCAUAUUGGUGUUAUGGUGCCCGAUGUUUAUGCUGCUUGUAAAAGAUUUGAAGAAAUGGGCGUUGAUUUCGUUAAGAAGCCCGAUGAUGGACGUAUGAAGGGUUUGGCUUUUAUUAAGGAUCCCGAUGGUUAUUGGAUUGAAAUUUUCAAUGCCAAUACUGUCUGCUAAGUAUUGAAUAUUUGAAUAUAUGGAAUUGAAACAAAAUACUGGAUAUUUUUUUUACGCAAAAUAAAGAUUGAUAUUUUUUACACCGAAA